CCACUACUAUAGUAAAUAGAAACUCCACUUUCAAUUUCCAAAGCUCCCAACGCUCACUCUCUUUUAUAUACAAGUCUCCUCUACAGUCUUCUCCUCUCUUCUUCAUUUCAUUUCAAUUCCCAUUCUUCCCCAAUUACCACGCCAAUUCCAUUUCCACGAGAAUCUCGAUUCUCCACCGCCUCUUCUCUCUCCUCUCUCUCUCUCUCUCUCUCUCUCUCUCUCUCUCUUCCUUUUCCACGAAAUCCGAAUUCACGCACCUCGAGUCAUCGAACUCCGCCAAUUCUCUCGCAAAUGGAUCGAAUCGAUGAAUCUUCGUCAGAAAGACGAUGAAUAUCUCGAGCUUCAGCUUCUCCACAAUUGAGCGAAACCACCGCGAGCGGCUAGCUCGGCUCUGCUAGAUAGAUAGAUAGAUGAAGCGAAAGGCUACGCAGCAGCAGAAAUCGCAUUACAAAUGGAGGAGGAAGCUUUUCGCGGUGAUUCUCUUAGGGUUUUGCUUCGGAACUUUGGUGAUGAUGAUGCAGAGCCAGUGCAGUCGGAUCAUGAUGCUCGGCCCGAGGCUCGUCCAGAAGCCGAAGAUCGCCUUCUUGUUCAUCGCCAGGAAUCGGCUCCCUCUUGAAAUAGUUUGGGACUCGUUCUUUCGUGGAGGGGAGAAUAAAUUUUCAAUUUCUGUUCACUCUAGGCCUGGGUUUCUGUUCAGCAAGGCAACAACAAGAUCAGUCUAUUUUUUGAAUCGUCAAGUUAAUGAUAGCAUACAGGUAGACUGGGGUGAAGCCAGCAUGAUUGAGGCAGAGCGAAGAUUGCUUAAGCAUGCACUUGAUGAUCCUUAUAAUGAACGCUUUGUGUUUCUCUCAGACAGCUGCAUACCUCUAUACAACUUCAGCUACACCUAUGACUAUAUCAUGUCCACAUCAACUAGUUUUGUAGACAGCUUUGCUGAUACAAAAGAGGGUCGCUACAAUCCAAAAAUGGAUCCUGUUAUUCCAGUUCAUAACUGGAGGAAAGGAUCUCAGUGGGUUGUUCUGACCAGAAAGCAUGCAGAGGUUGUUGUGAAAGACAGUACUAUAUUUCCCAGGUUUCAAGAGUAUUGCAAGAGGAGAUCACUACCUGAGUUUUGGCGAGAUCAUCCCCUUCCAACUGAUGCAUCCAAGGAGCAUAAUUGUAUACCGGAUGAACACUAUGUUCAGACAUUACUGGCUCAAGAAGGCCUUGAAGGAGAAAUCACACGAAGAUCACUGACACAUAGUUCAUGGGAUCUCUCAUCCUCCAAAGACCAUGAACGUCGUGGAUGGCAUCCUGUAACUUACAAGUUUUCAGAUGCUACUCCUAUGCUUAUCCAAUCUAUAAAGGACAUAGAUAAUAUCUAUUAUGAGACUGAGUACCGAAGAGAAUGGUGCACUAGCAAGGGUAAACCAUCCACAUGCUUUCUUUUUGCUAGAAAAUUCACUCGGCCAGCAGCAUUCCGGCUUCUUAAUAUGUCUGUUUUGGGACCUUUCAAUGAAGCAACAAGUAAGUCCAGUCUAUGGUAAGUAGAUACCUAUUGUAAGUUUAUUGUAGUUAAAAGUUACUGGUCUUGACCCAUACGAAAAGUGUCAUGUAAUCAGCAUCGAAAAAUAAAGGAGAAAGCUGUAAAUUGUAGAGGCAAAUGAAGAAUAGAGAGAGAGUGAGCGAGUGAAAACCAAAACCAAAGCUAUGGUGUGUAUAUUAUCCUAAUAUACGUCAAAUGAAAAGGAAAGAGUUGAAUUUUCAUUGCUCCA